CAUCGUCAUCGCCGUCGAGGGAAAGAGGGCGAAGCAGCCGCACGAAGGGCGUGCCAGCGCGCUCGCGUCGCAUUCGCUCGAGACGAAGCAUCGAAGCCUCGGCGGAAGCAGCGAUCACUAUGCUCGUUCGAGCCCGCGAGUCCCGCUCCAGCGCUGCGAGGGCUGAAGACGCUGCCGAGCAGGCGGCGUCUGUUUCCCGCAGACUUCAAGUUCGCGCGACGUCCGAAUGUCGCACUGCUGCGUUCCAGGGCCGCAGUGCGGCCGCCGAAGGCGUUGCUCGCGCUACGACCGAGGCGCCGCGACCCGAGCCGCCGCAACCCGCGGUCGUGGUAGCGGCUGCGCCCGACGGCGUUGGCGGUGGCGGUGGCGGCGGCGGCGGCGCUCCGGCCACGGGUCUCCUGCUGGUGCCGGGCUCCCAGCGCUGGGAGGGUCUCCGCUACCUCGUCUACUGGGGCCUCGUAUCGGGACUGCUGGUGCUCGUGCUGGGCCUGGUGGGCUUCAUCAGCUUGCCGGCCGUGCGGUGGGCGCCCUGGGAGUGGGGCUUCGGAGGCGCCGGAUCGGCAUCCGACUCCGCGGCCGAAGGCGGCGACCCCGCGGCUAGAGUCGUCUCUCGCGGAGGCCCCCCGCUGGCGCAGCAGGCCCGGAGGGCGGCUCCGCGGAGGCUCAAGCUGCAGGACGCACCCAGGGGCGGCGGAGCGGGGCGCGGUGCGGAGGCGUGCUCGACCCCGGCGUGCGCCGAGCAGGCGUCCCGCAUCCAGGCCGAGCUGGAGUACUCGGUGGACCCGUGCGUGGACUUCUACCACUUCGUGUGCUCGCGCUGGAUCCAGCGGCACCCGCGCGGUGGCUCCGUCGACCAGCUCCAGCUGGAGUCCUACUCGAGCCGCCUGGCCGACCUGCUCGAGAGGCCCUCGGAGCACGUGCCCGAGAUGCAGCGCUUCUUCGCAAACUGCCUCCGGCCGCAGGAGAACCUGUUCUCGGAGAUUCGCGCCACCUUCUUCUACCUGCUCGGAUUCCAGGACUGGCCGUACCUGAGCUCCGCGGCGUCCUUCCUGCCGCCGGACGAGGUGUCCUCCAAGAUCGGCGCCGUGUUUCGCGAGCUGGGCGUCGAGUCGCUCUUCCGGUUCACAGUGGCGCCGGACCCGGACAAGCCGCGGCUGCGCUACUGGGCGCUCGACGAGCCCCGGCUGCUGUCGACCGGCGAGGGCGACGCCGCCUGGAUGGACGGGGCCUUCAAGGCGCUGCUGGACUUCUACGGCAAGUUCUCGGACACCAACGUGUCUCGGCUGGAGCGCGAGCUGAGCGCGCUGAUGGAGCGGCCCGAGCUCGAACCCCUGGCGCUGUCUCGGUGCAAGACCAUGGCCCUGGUCGACCUGCCGGCCAUCGACUACCUGCGGUGGGCGCCUAUGCUGCGGAGCGCCUUUGGCACCGACGACAUCUUCCCACAGGACCUGAUCAAGCUCGCGUGCCCCGGCUACGUGCUGGGCCUGUUCAACCGGGGCUCCCUGCCGCGCGUCACCGACCUGCUCAACUACGUGCUGUUCCGCAUCGUGGCCGCGCUCAGCCCGUUCAUGGCCAACGCGACGCUGCGCGACGCCACGUCGCGCGCUUACGCCACUUCCGGCUCGGCGGCCCCGCUGACGCCACGGCAGCUGUGCGUGCGCCUGCUUGACCGCUUCGAACCCGCGGUGCCCAUGUACCUGGCGGCCAACAUGUCGCUCGCCUACCUGGGCGCCGAGGGGGACGUCCAGGACCUGCUCGAGGGACAUCUGCAGGUGGUCUUCGAGAAGUACGUGGACGAGUUCUUCAAGUCUACGGGCGAGUUUCGGACGUCGGCGCUGCAGGCGCUGCGCGACAUGGGCUGGGAUCUGGUGCGGCCGUCGGCCAUCGAGGACGAGUCGUUCCGGCGCCAGUACCUGGACGGCCUGUACACCAACAUGCCCAUGUCGCCGCUGGCCUACUUCUACUACUUCUGGCUCAAGAAGUCCGUGUCACGCCAGCGGCGCGGAUUCGGCGCGUCGCCCACGUCGGGCAGCGGCGGCGGAGAGCAGCUGUGGAGCGGCUGGUCGGGCGGCUUCCUGUCCACCUACCCGCGACUGGCGCCGCCCUUCCGCCGGCUCGAGAUCCCGCUGCCGGUGUUCAACAUGGCGCUCGGCGACGACCCCUCCGUGCGGCACCUGCAGAUACCGCGCGUGGCCCCCCGCGUCUACGCCGCCCUGCUGCGCUUUCUCUACCACAGCGCCCUCAACGCCAACGGCAACAACAACCUGACCGAGGCGACCGAGGACGCGACCGCCAUGUUCCAGCGGGUGCGCGCCUGCGUCGAGGAGCAGUACGCGCCGCUCAGGUCGCCCUCCCCCUCGCCUUCCGCCUCGACGAGCGGCGCCGAAGCCGACGCGGGCCCCGCGGCUUCGUCGUCGGUGCAGGACAUGCUGGACGUCCUGUCCGUGGUGCCGGCGUUCGAGGCGUACCGCGCGUACCUGACCGCCGACUUCCGGUUGCAGACGGCUGCCGACCUGAACAGUCGACAGCUGUUCUUCGUCUACUACGCGGCGUCGCACUGCGCAGACGAGACGGUGGCGCCGCGGCGCGGUCGCAGCCCGGCGAGGCUCCGGGUGAACGGACCCCUGCGAAACAUGCCCGAAUUCGCGGACGCCUUCAAGUGCCCCGUCGGUUCGUUCAUGAACCCGACCAAAGUGUGUGCCCUGUGAAACGCGGCGCCGGGCGAGACUGUCUUUGCCGCGUUUGGCUGUUUGCGUGUAUGUGCGAGUCAUUGCGCUUUCUUUUUUCUCUUAGUUUGUUUCGACGAGUGUCUACGUGAAAAUUUCGUGCAUUAAUACACCGUGUUCUAAGAAGACUGAAUGUUUGCGUUUUUCCCUGUUCGUGUAUUAUGUUUCGGAUACUUCUCGGCGCUCAUUUCGCAGGUGGUUCUUUCGAUUGCGCUGAAACUGAAACUGCCGAAUUCGCGCGUUUUGAUGAUGCCAUGUGUUCGGAGUGUGUGCCGUCAAGAGCGAGGAGAUACUUCGAGCAGGAAGCUGGACUUGUUUCCAGAUUAGUUUUCUUCUUUGCUUCCUUCUCCCAGUUCCGCCCCGCUUUCGCCCUCCGCAAACUGUCGCGCUUCCUUUCGCCGGGUUUCCGGAAAUUGUUUCCCUGCCAUGUUCCGGCCUCGAGAACCCAGCUGACUGAGGUGCAUUAUCCUUGGUGUGUUUUUUCAUGAAGAUACGAACAUUGUUCGGGUGUAUUCGGCCUUUCGCAGCGACGGGUUUUGCGCGAGCGUGCGCGCAAAAUGAGGUUUCUUGACGAUAGAACGCGUCCUAGCGGUUGUUUUGAAGUGACGCAUUCGUGCGCUAUGUUAACUUCGCAUAGAUGGGCCGACUCAUUGCUUAUGGUCGGGCGCUCCAUCUCCUGUGACGCAUACUGCAUUUACUGUUGCUAGACGAUACAUUUUGGGAACGGCCCUCCUAUAGUGUUCAUUGUUCGUAUAGUUCGCUAAAUAAAGCGCCUGCGUUUUCUAUUGCCGGGCAUUUCGUGCGGGCCUGUAAGAGACGCUAAACCAGUUGAAAACUAACGUUCUUUCGAAAGUGCGUUUUGGUUAAUGUUGCUGCAAUAAACUGCAUUAUUCAAAGAGGAAAUAAAGGCAAACUUUGCAUAGUGGC